AUGCUCACGUACCACGAGCACGAGGACGUUUACGAAACCAGCUACAUCUUUGCCAUCACGGCCCGAUCGAACCAGGUGAACUACGUUGGAUACAACGUUGGUCCAUGGCUUCCUAUGUCAACCCUUGUGGAUAACUGUGCCGACGAGCACGCCUGCAGCCCAGAGGACUUCUAUUGGGGUGGGAUACAGCGCAGCGCCGACCCGAAUCUCGAGGCAGCCAACGGCCACAAGAUCAGACACUUCGGCGAGCGCUCUGUCAAGCUGAAGCUGAAUGCCGGCAAGAAUCUCAUCAUCACUUUUCAGGUGUGCGACGUGAAGGGGCCCAUCCUGAGCGUCGGCAAGUUCUGCGGCUACGACUCGAACAGUAACGCCAAUGUCAACAUGAACGGAGGCACCCUAUACCACGAAGCGGCUGGCGAGGUGAACGUGGACAGAGUGAAGAACCACUACGCGCUGCAGUGCUGGGUGGAGAAGCCAGACGGAGAUCUUCAGCCUACAGGAGCACAUGCGCCACCGGCAGGAGUGGACUACGUCGAGCAGGAGGUGGUCCCAGCCCAGACUUUACCAGGGCCGAAGGAGCCGAGCAAGGAGGAGAUCGAGACGCAUAACCUAUUGCACGACCCGCCGAUGCCGUGGUGCGAGAUCUGCAUCAAGGCGAAAGGCAGAGACGCCUGCCACCGGGCCGCCGCCCAGAAGCCGAUACCCGUCAUCCAGCUCGACUACGCGGAGGCGGGCAGCGGAGACAGUGAUGUCCCGAAUUUCGAGUUCAUGGUGGGCGUGGACAUGUCCACGGGGGCCGCGAAGGAAGACGUCUACGUCGUUCUUUUCAUCGUGUCCUGGCUAGCAGAGCUGGGCCGCACAGAGGUCAUCAUGCAGUCUGAUGGAGCGCCGGCGGCAGAGGCUGUCAUGAGAGCCGUAGAGGCGAAGGUAUCGACCAUGGAGUCGCCGCCGUGCGAGGUCAUUUUACAGCAGUCCCAGCGGUGCAGCCAUCAGAGUAACGGAGGAGCAGAACGCAUGGUGCCCACCAUCCGGAAUCAGAUGAAGGCCUACAAGAUCCAUAUCGAGACAGACACGGGCAUGACCAUCCUGCGGGACUCGCCGCUACUGGCGUGGUUCCCGAGGCACGCCGCCUGGCAGUACACGAGGUUCCACAAGCGGCAGGACUCGGGCAUGACGGCUUACGAGAUGAUCAGGCGAGUCGAGAGCACGCGCCGGGGCCGGGCGAUGCUGGAGGACAUGCAGCGGGACCCCUGGAACGCUACGCCAGUGGCCAGAGGCCGACCGCCCAAGGUCCGCAGCGACCAGGAGCCCAUCCUGAUUGGAGGCGCGCCCAUGGACGUGGUCGGCGCAGCCCUGGAGCCUCACGAGAGAGCCAAGAGGGCGCGUGUGGCCGCGGGACAAGCCGCAAUUGAUGGAGAAGGAAAAACCGACCAUUUUCAGCCAGAAGUGGUUGGUUUCCGCGGGGCGCCGACCAGCUUGCAGCGCUACCAGGCCGCCACCUUCCCUGGGCAGGCAGCGGCAGCGGCGGCGAUUCCACCGACUUCGCCGCAGCCGCAGUCGGCGGCCGAGCGCGACGCGUGGGCGCGUGCGAGGCUGGGACGCCCACAGGCGGCCCCAGUGCGGCGCGGUGACGCAGGUGACGAGGAAGCACCGCCAACUCAGAGACGACGCGUUGCAGUGCUCCGUGAGACGUGCGAGGGCGACCGCGAGCCGAACACUUUCGUGGAGGCCAGAAUGAAGCACAUUGAUAAGCUGACGAAGGUGCCUGGCAAGAUCAUCAAGGAGGUCAAGAGGUCCGAAGCCACGACCGCCCCCCUCUCGGGGAGGUGGGUCGAAAGCCAACAUGACGACGGGGCACUGAAAGCAAGGUGGACUACGAGAGGCUACGCGCAGACCCUCAACGGCAACGAGAACUUCUUCUCGGCGACUCCAGCGACGGUGCACCUCAAGAUGAUGCUGGUGGACGCGGCCAAGAAGGGCCAUGUUGCAGCUAUAGGGGAUUGCAGCGGCGCGUUCUACCAGGCGCUUCUCGACCCCGAUGGCAACCGGGAGAAGGUGUACAUCGAGCCCCCGCCAGAGGCAGGGCUAGGGCCAGAUGCGGUCUGGGAGGCAGUGUCGGCCUUCCCCGGCUUGAAGGGUUCACCCAAGGCUUGGGAGACCCACAGCAGCGGCGUCCUGACGGAUGAGAUGCACCUGAAGCAGUCGCACUACGACGGGUGUGUUUUCUACAGUGCCGAGGGUGAGUUCGACCAGAAGGCAGGGAGGCACAUCGACGACUUUUUCGUCACGGGGCCGAAGUCACAGGUCGAGGCCUUCCUCGGCGAGGCGAAGGAGAAGCUCAACACGCAGGGCGCUGUGCGCCUCUACGAGACGGGCGACGAGGGGAGGUUGCUGGCCAUGGACCUCAGGGAGAUUGAGGGAGGCUUCGCGCUGCAGGGCAACCCUCUGUUGAUCACGGACAUGGCUGAGUUGCUGGGUCUGGAGAAUGCGAAGUACAGCGCCGUGCCAGAGACGGCGAACGCCAAGAAGCAGAGCGACGACGACGAUGACCUUGACUACUCCGGCGCAGAGGUGUGCAAGUCGCGCGUCGGCAAGGCCAUGCAUGCAAGCCAUCACCGCGCAGACAUACAGCAUGCAGUGAACGCGCUUUUGAAACGCAUGAAGCAGCCAACGAAUGGAGCGCCCAGGAAGCUGGAGAAGCUCGCUCGGUACCCUUUGGGCACGCGCGACGUCUGCCCGGAGUUGGUCCCGAACCAGGAUGCGGAGACUUUGGAGACCUUCACCGACAGCGACUGGGCAGACGACAAGGACACCCGGAAGAGCGUCAGCUGCGGGGCCAUCCAGAUGCACGGCUGCUCGGCGUUGACCUACGCGAGGACCCAGAAGACGCCAGCGCUCUCGUCGGCGGAAGCCGAGCUCUACGCCAUCGGCUCUGGGGCGAUCGAGACCCUCGGCGCCGCCCAGCUUCUGAAGGAGUGGAAGUGCGACGGCGUGAACCCCCUCCUGAUGACUUACUCCCAGAGCGCACUCGCGGUGUGCCGGAAGCGAGGUCCCGGGAAAAUGAAGCACGUGGAGUUGAAGACGUUGGCCAUCCAAGACUGGGUGAAGGAAGGGCGGCUUCGCAUCCACAAAGUAUCCACUCACGAGAACCCGGCGGACCUGAUGACGAAGGAGCUGUCCGUCGAGAAGAUGACUAAGUUCAGCCGCGCCCUCGGCUUGCGUGGCGGGCCGUUCGGAUACUAG